AUGGGAAACACCCCCAGUGCACGCAGUGAGCCGCAGGUGAUGACUGCGUGGCGGCUGCUCGGUGCUGAUGCCACCGCUGCAGGGCGCCGGGUGUUGGCUGGAGGUUCUCCUGAGACGCCGGAGCUGCCCAACAUGGCCAGAAGCCUCAGAGAGUGCAGUGAGAAGCAGGUGAUGACUGCGUGGCGGCUGCUCGGUGCUGAUGCCACCCCAUGGCAGCUCAAUGCCGUGCCGCAUGGAGACCGCAUGGCCCCCCGUGCGCUGGCUCAAGGUUCUCAGACGGAUUUUGGUGAGGGAUGUGCAAGGGGGAGAGGAGCGAGGAGGCAGCUGUUUGAGGUGGGUGGUGAGUUUCCAUUGAAUGUGGACGGUAAUUUGGGCAAUAAGAAUGGCAGGAGUGACAGGGAAGGGUGUGCUGGUGAGGGAAGUGGGAGGAGGAGGGGAGGUGCGAGGAGGCAGCUGUGGGUGGUGGGUGAUGAGAGGGCAGUGGAUGGGAGCGGUGAUAGCAGUGAUGAAAGUGAUAGGAGUGGCAGGGAAGGGUGUGGUAGCGGUGGUGGUGAGGAAAGUGGGAGGGGAAGAGGAGCGUUGAGGCAGCUGUGGGUGGCGGAUGCUGAGAGGGCAGUGGAUGUGAGUGGUGAUAGUGGUGGUCAUAGGGGUGACGGGAGUGAUAAGACUGACAGGAGUGGUAGAGAAGGGUGUGGUGGUGGCGAGGGGAGUGGGAGGGGAAGAGGAGCGAGGAGGCAGCUGUUUGAGGUGGGUGGUGAGAGGGUUGUGGAUAUCAGCAGGGACAGGGUUGAUGGGAGUGCCGGUGCUGGUGGUGAGAAGAUCGGCGGCAACAGCAGGAUGCGCAAGGCAGUGCUGAAGCUGUUUGGGAAGAGCCGAGGGAAAUGGCAGAGCCAGAUAGUGCCUUUACCAGCCGUUGAGUCGCAUCAAAAGCCACCUCAUAGAGGCCAGAGCCUGAUUGUGCCUUCACCAGACCUCCCUGCCCUGCAUGAGGCAAUGCCUCAGUCAACUCAAAUGUCACCUCAUAGAGGCCAGACCCAGAUCACACCUUUCCCGGAUACCCCUGUCCUGCAUGAGUCGACUCAAAUGUCACCUCAUAGAGGCCAGUCCCAGAUCACACCUUUCCCGGAUACCCCUUCCCUGCGUGAGUGGAUUUAUGAGGCAGCAGAGCUGGUGGCGGGUCAGCCGUUACUGGCAAAGGCAGGGAUUGCUCCUGAGACAUCCCAAAACGAAGCAACAGCACCAUCACCAGCAGCAGAGCUGGUGGCGGGCCAGCCAUUGCCGGUGAAGGCAGGGAUUGCUCCUGAGACCAUGGGAGGAGGAGGCGGUGCUGCUGGCGGUUACCCUAACGUCUGGGCGUUAACCGGCGGGUGGUACUGCGACCCGAAGCAUUGGCGUCGCAACACCGCGUUCGCCUUGGCGGGCAUCUUUGCCGUCUGCGUUCCGAUCGCCCUGACGUCAGCACGGCUUGAGCAACGGCCGAUUGCCCCAAGUCGCGCCAUUCCCUCCCAGAUGUGGUGUUCCAACUUCCCAACCGAAGAAAAACAAGCAUCUGAGGAGUGA